AAGUUGUGUUCAGAGGUGGCAGUCGCUGCUGGAGUAGCGCAGAAGCUGGCGGGAGGCUGACUGAUGCAUUCAGUAGCAUAAUGACAGGCUCUGGCUCGCUGUAUGGUUGCUACAAAUCACAGAACGAAGAAAGUGUAGAGCUACCUCAGACCUACAGUUCUUCCCUUUCGACGUCAGAGUACUCUGCACCUGUGGAUUCUUCCCUUUUAUAUGCACCAUGGUCUACCUACGCAGAUGAUACUAAGGAACCUGCUGCUCCUCAGAUCAAUAUGAAGUCCAGGAUCCAACCUGAAAGGAAUGAUUAUGGCAGUGAAACAGAUUUAUAUGGACUUGUGUCUAACAUCUUGGAAGAACCAGAUAAACUGCAGCCAUAUUGUGCUGAGGGGAGUUGCCCUUCCAACUUGAAGUCAGCAUGGCCCACGAAUGCAACCAGAACCAUAGACCACCACGACCUGUUGCCAGAGACUAAAAGACCAGUUGUUAGAGCUGUCUCACAACAGGGUUUUUAUAGUAGCGAAGCUGUAUCUGCUGCUGAAAAACCGUACUUGCAAAGUGGUAAUCUUGCAUUGCAGCAAAAAGCAGACAAAUGUUAUUGCGGGUUUACCGGCAUAGACCUUGAAGAGCAGUGUUUAUACCCUUCUAGGAAUGAUCAUGCCAACUGUUGCAACGUGCAGACUAAUGAGAAUAUCAAGACACCACCUGUGUAUCAGAACUGUCCAUACAUAAAAAAUGUCUUUACACCCCAAGUUGGGUAUUCAGAAGGGAUCAAAGACUUGGGAGCCGAUGCUUAUUCUUAUGGAAGGGAGAAGGUGUGUCCCAAAGGAGCAGAUGCGCCAUCGCACCAAAAGCGAGCAGAAAUGUUUCUUCCACAGUUUUACAAAUAUAAUGAAAACACAGAUUGUGGUAGAUACGCUGAAUAUUCUCAUGCUAGUAAAGCAAAACCUAACAAGAGCACCCAUCUUAGCCUCCAGGAAAACAAGAAGUUAGUAAAUGGAACCGUUGAGGCACCACCUCUGGACACAGAACCCUACAGUAAAUUAUUUCAAGCUAAAUCAGGAACUCAGGAAAAAAUAGAAGAUACAAUUUCAGACCAGCAAAACUUUACACUUCCCAAGGCUGUAGGACUUCUGUCAGAAAAACCAAUUGCAAAUGAAGCUUCAUUCUGCACUGAUUUUGGGCAAAAAUUUGAACAUGGACUAAAAUAUUUUGCAGCUUGUCCAGGGAAUAGCGAUGGUGCAGAUGGUGUAGAAAAGCAGCAGUAUUCCAUGUUCGAUGUUCAGAGUUCUGAAUUCUGUAAAUCCCUUCCAUUAUUACCAAACACAGCAAACCCUUCUGCAGGUGCUAAUAUAAGGCCAGCUUGGAUGAACAGCCAGACUAAAACCGCUGCUUCUGUCCUAUUUCAGAAUCCAAGUACUUUGUUGAAACUGAAUAAUCAUUUACCUGCUUUCCCAAAAAGUUCCAGUUAUCCUAGUGAUUUUUGUCAGUUAUCAUCUUCAAAUUUCCCUUUAAAUAGUAAUUUAUUUCACAAGUACUGUCAAGAAAAUCCUUCGUUUUUUCCAAGUCUUGAUUUUGGUUAUAACACUGCAGAACGAGCUCGGUCUGCUGCUUGCAUGGAAGCACUAGUUAGGAGUGGAGAAGAGAAUCUCAUUGAGUAUUUAAGUGAAAAGAAAGUAAAGCAGCCAAAUGGAUUCUGUGACAAUUAUUCAGCUCAGCAGUUUGGGAUCAUUGAAACCAUGAACAAACACCGCUUCCAGUUGAAGCCCCACAGUGAGCAUUAUGAUCUGGAGGGACAAAAACAUGCCGAUGGGCUGUUGCAGAACAUGUACCAAGAUUUAAUGGAGUCUCAGGGUCAGUUCCGUCUCAGGCAGGGGAGCGGAGACCAAAACAUCAACCCUGUGACAGGCCUGCAGGCUCCAAGCUUUCCCAACAGCAGCAUGAUGGGUGACUUUAGAUGUCAGCAGCAGCUUGGCUCAAGUCCGUUCCCCCUGAGGUCAGCUCGCCUGUUUGGCCGUUCCAUUGUCCCUCUGAUGGAGUCUCACGACUUGUUCUCCCGCGAUGAUUUAAAAUGCUUCUACCCAUAUUUUAACAAUAGGAUGUAUGGUGACAGUUCUUUUUCUGGUUUUGUACCAGCAUUUGGAUUUCAAAGGCAAGUUAAAACCCGUAGUGGGCCUGCCAGCGAACUUCAUGUUAGACUAGAAGAAUGUUAUGAACAGUGGAGAGCUUUGGAGAGAGAAAGAAAGAAGACUGAAUCAGCUCUUACUAAGAAUUUCCAAGGGAAAAAGGUUUCCAGUGCUAACAACAUUCCGAUUCCAAGGCUGGCAUCAAACCCAUCAAGAGUUGAUCGCUUAAUUGUGGAUCAGCUACGUGAACAAGCCAGAGUUGUGACUUUACUGGGAAAAAUGGAGCGCCUUCGCAGUUCUCCCCUUCAUGCUAACAUUUCUACUGCUCUUGAUAAACAUCUGGAGGUAAUUCAUGUAGUGCAGUCACGUAGAAAAGAUGAAAUUGUAAAUGCUUCAAAUCGACAGAGGCAAGGAGCUCCCAGAUGCCAGGAUGACAGAGAUGUGUUUGUUCUUGCUUUGGCAAUUAAAGAGAUGAGCGUAGCAACACGCAAAGCACGUACAACUCUCUGGUGCGCGCUCCAGAUGACCUUACCGAGAUCUUCAGCUGGAAAACAAGAUGCAGAGAAAGCUGUUCUGGAGGUGCAGCCUGAAGAAACAGCGUGCGAAAACACGAACAGCGGCGGUGUCCUAAGUCAGAAGGCUGAAGUGAGCAAGCACUAACAAAAUACCGGUUGCGUGCACAAAUACACUCCGCGGUCUGUAUGUGAUACACUAAUUCUUUUUAAUUAUUUGUAAAGUUUGAACUACUAAUAUUCAUAUUUAAUGCUGUAUCUUGAUGAGAAGUUGGAUUUGCUUUAAGGGCGCCCAGGUUCUACUUAAACUGUUACCGUUAUGGGCAGCG